GGACAGGUGCCUGCGAGCAGCGCACCGAAACGGAGAGCUCAUCAUGAGGGCGUGGGCGUUUGCGGCGUUGGUGGCGCUGGCCGCUGCCGACCAGGGCGGCUUCCAGCCGGUGACGGGGGCCGGAGCCGACGCCAAGGUGAUCGGUCACUCCAGCAGCGCCUCCACCAGCCAGGCGCUGACGGUAGAGGCGCGCAACUCCGCCGUCCCGCUCGAGGCCCAGGCCGACUCCAGCGGCAGCCACGUCAGCUACGAGCAGCCGAUCGCCCGCGACGGCGGCGGCAUCGGCGGAGGCCACGUCGCCGGACAUGACGGAGGAUUCCCGAACGAGCACAGCAGCUACACGAGCUAUGAUGGCGGCAACUCGGGAGUCGGUGGCCCCUCCGGAGGUGGUGGGGGAGUGGUGGAGUCGGUGGCUACCCCGGAGGUGGUGGAGUCGGUGGCUACUCCGGAGGUGGUGGAGUCGGUGGCCCCUCCGGAGGUGGUGGAGUCGGUGGCUACUCUGGAGGUGGUGGAGUCGGUGGUUACUCCGGAGGUGGUGGAAUCGGUGGCUACUCGGAGGGGAGUCGGUGGCUACUCGGAGGUGGUGGAGUCGGUGGCUACUCCGGAGGUGGUGGAGUCGGUGGCUACUCCCGGAGGUGGUGGAAUCAACUUCGUCAAAGUGGGCAGCAGCGUGCUUGAUGACAUCCCUCCGCCCAAAAACUACGGAGGUGGCAAGGGCAAAGGAGGCGGAAAGGGCAGGGAGGCGGCAUCGGCUCCUUCUUCAAGGGUCUCUUUGGCGGAAAGGGCAAGGGGCGGCGACAAGGGCAAGGGCAAGGGCAAGGGCAAGGGCGGUGGCCAAGACUCGGUCAUCAUAAAUCAUCACCACUACUACGACGAGGGAUAUGGCAAAGGAGGAGGCUACGGCGGUGCGCCAGUCGCCACCUACGGCGCUCCCCCAGCCGGCUCCUACGGCGGCCCUCCUGCGACGUCCUACGGUGCCCCUUCCUACCACUGA